AUCAUCGCUCAAGCACACCACGCCUCGCCCACAUCCACGACCAGCUUGCGGGCAUGCCCAAAUCGCCUCUGCAGCCUUUGCACGCCCUCCAGACGUAGCACCCACCGCGGCCCGCACUGCAUCCCACAUUGCGCCACCAAUGAGAGCUGACGCUUCCGCGCUGCCCACCCGCCGUCUCGCACCGUAGCCCUCACCGACACGACGCCCGGAAUUCUGCCCGCGCACGUCCAGACCGCGCUGCAUGUCCGCUGCAACACGCCAGAAUCGCCGCACUGCCGCAGCUUUGAGGCUUGAGCCGUCGCCGACGCCCGCCUGACGUCGCUCCCUUCCUGCCCGCCCAGCAGUUUGAUCCCCCAGCAACCCCGACAUCGCCUCGCACGUCGCCGCGCCGUCGCCACAACCAUGCGCAGAUACAGGCCCGCGGGCACCGCUGCCCACGGCAGGGCCGGCGGCGGUGUCAUGGUGCCUGACCCCUUCGCCAUGAUCCGCGCCUACGAAUCCGAUACAAACCCGACCAGGCCCAUCCGCCCCUCUCCUCUGACCGCGUCCACCAUCCAGGGCCUGCCGCUCGACCUUCUCGACAGACUGCGCAACUUUCCGCUGUUCCUCUCCGCCCCCGACUCCUUCCUUGCCGCCAUAGGAAGGCACCUCAAGCCGCAGCUCUACCAGGCGCACGACACCAUCCUCACCGAGGGCGAGCAGGGCAAGGCUAUGUAUUGGCUAGUGCGCGGCUCCGUGCGCGUCACGUCGCGAGAUGGGGAGAGCACAUAUGCAGAGCUAAAGCCAGGAGCUUUCUUUGGCGAAAUUGGGAUACUGAUGAACAUCCCCCGCACCGCAAACAUUAUCGCCAACAUGCGCUCGCUGGUGGUGCGGCUGAACAAGGAAGACUUGGGGAAGGAGCUGCCCAAGUUCCCCGAGGUGGAGCGCGCAAUCAUGGACGAGGCCAAGGAGCGCCUGUCCAUCUUGGAGCGGAAGAAGAAGGAAGUGGGCAAGAAGCUGCCGCUCGUGACUCGCCAGAACAAGCGCCCGCACGACCGGGUCGAGGGGGAUGUGAUAAUGACAGAAACGGGCCAGGUGCAAGGCGGGGAAGUCAUAAGCCUAUACAAGAAGAGGAAAUCCCCGAGCCCCGGUCUCGCCGAUGUUGCCGCCAUGAGCGUUUUCGGCACCGGGAGCAUAAAUGUGAGACUCUUGCUGAAAGAACUCCCGCUGUUCUCGAGCCUGCCCCCCGACAUCCUGCACUUUAUUGGCCUGAACGCCCAGCCACGUUCCUUCCCUCCCUUCACCGACAUCAUUAAGCAGGGUACCCAGGGACGCGACGUUUACUUUAUCGUCAAGGGCGAGGUCGAGGUCGUGAAUACAAAUCCACCAGUCGAGAACGGGCACGCCGCCGCAUAUCUGGGUCGAAGAAAAUCAAUCGCUGCCGGAGAGCACACGUUCCAGCAAGUCAAGGCACGGUUAAGACCAGGGCAGUACUUCGGGGAGGUCACAAGCCUAUCGCUUGCUCCUCGUCGGACGGCUACUGUUCGCUCCAUCUCAUCGGUGGAGUGCCUGAUGAUCAGCGGUGACGUGCUCAACGAGCUCUGGGAGAGGUGCACACCGGAUCUGCGCCGGCAGGUCGAGCAGGUCGCCAAGGAGCGGCUCCAGGCUGCCAAAGACAAUGACACGCAAAUGAGGGAUACUGUAGACAAUACUCCCAAGAUUGACGAGCUCGCCAUCGCCGAUAUCAUCAUCCCACGGACGCCGAGGAAGAAGAGCGUGCCGAGCGUCACCUUCAAUGACACUCCAAGCACGAUAGAAUUGGAAAGCCCAAUAACUCCUUCGCGGAGAGAGAAGAUGAUGGAGCCUUUCGAUCCCGACCCUUUUCUCAACGUCGACCUGGAUAACGUAAGGUCAAGAUCUCGGAGGGGCUCGCUCGCUCCCCCCACACCCGAUUCACCUACCAGUUCGUCGAAUGGCAUACCCAAAUCGCCGUCACCUAAUGGCACGCCCCUGCCUCCUUCACCAUUAUCGAAGCACGCUUCAACACCACCAGAACCAGCAUUCGAGAUCAAACGCCCAAGGAUAAUACGGCGGCCGAGCAGGUUCAGCAAGGGUAUCUUCCCGGAUCCUGUCUUGACCAGGAUUUUCAAGCAUCUUGAUGUGUAUGAGUUGAUGCAAUUACGUCUUGUAUCGACGCAUUGGAAGCACAUCAUCCAUACCUCACCGGAUAUCCUUCACACCCUCGACCUUACAAAAUAUAACCGCAGGGUGACCGACCGUGCUUUGGCCGACAUCAUAUGUCCAUUUGCUGGCAGCCGACCCAACUUAGUCGACAUCAGCAAUUGCUUCCAUGUGACAGACGAAGGCUUCGCAGCGCUAGCAUCAGUCUGUGGACCAACGGUCAAGAUAUGGCGCAUGAAGAGCGUAUGGGACAUUACGGGUCCGGCAGUUCUGGAGAUGGUGCAGAAAGCGAAGGGCCUUGAGGAAGUGGACCUCAGCAAUUGCCGCAAAGUGGGCGACAACCUGCUCGCUCGCGUGAUAGGGUGGGUAGUGCCAGAGCUUCCUCCCGCCAUGGCAAUGGCACAAGCACAACAGGCGCAAAUGAACGGACGACGCUCGUUCGGCCAGAAGAUGGCUGGAGCGAAUGGACAGCCUGCUCCCCAGCCGCUUCCUCCUGGGACAGUAGUCGGAUGUCCGAAAUUGCGGCGCUUGACGCUGAGCUACUGCAAGCAUAUCACGGACCGGUCAAUGGCACAUAUCGCAGUGCACGCGGCGAACCGAAUCGAGCAGAUCGAUCUUACUAGGUGUACGACUAUCACGGAUAUCGGCUUCCAGCACUGGAGCGUGUAUCCUUUCCCCCGGUUGACAAAGUUGUGUCUAGCGGACUGCACGUAUCUAACUGAUAAUGCAAUUGUGUAUCUCACGAAUGCGGCGAAGGGGUUGAAGGAGCUAGAUCUGUCUUUCUGCUGCGCCCUCUCCGACACCGCUACCGAAGUUCUUGCCCUAGGCCUCCCCUCGCUCACGCAUCUCAACCUCGCAUUCUGCGGUUCCGCCGUCUCCGACACGUCCCUCCGCUGCAUCAGUCUCCACCUUCUCGAACUCCGCAAUCUGUCCGUCCGGGGUUGCGUACGUGUGACGGGUACUGGUGUAGAAGCCGUUGUUGAAGGGUGUAGGGAUCUGGAAGUAUUUGAUGUCAGCCAAUGUAAGAAUUUGCAACGGUGGUUGGAUGCGGGAGGUGUCGAGGGGGUUAGGUCAAGGGGACGGAGCGUAAAGUUUGAGACGGUAGCAGAUGGGAAGUGGAGGACGGGGAGGCGGUGAGGCAAGGAGUGAGAAGAGGAAGACCUGGAAGGGAAGAUUUGGAAAGGAAAAGUCGAAAACGAAUUGUUGUAUACAGGGAGAGGCGGUCCAUUGGAUACAACACGAUUGAUGCCUGCAUAAGAGCGGCAAAACACUGUACAGGCUUUUUUAGAGGUUGAAUAUGAGCAAUUUCGAGGCCUUGGAG